CAGCACAUCAUUCUCAUUCAACAAAGAACAGAACACAAAAACAAACUCUGCAUUUCCCACAACAACCAACCAACAAUGGCGGAAAAACAAUCAAUAAUCCUGUUCCCAUUCAUGGCACAAGGUCACAUAAUCCCAUUCUUAGCCUUAGCCUUAAACCUAGAACAAAAAUCCAAAAACUACAACAUCACCAUAAUCAACACACCACACAACAUCCAAAAACUCAAAACCUCUCUCCCACCAAAUUCCUCCAUCAAUCUCCUCACAAUCCCUUUCAUCUCUUCCGACCAUAAUCUCCCACCCAACACAGAAAACACUGAUACUGUCCCUUACAAUCUUGUCAUCAAACUCAUCCAAGCUUCUCUUUCCUUAAAACCUUCCUUCAAAUACAUCAUCCAAAACAUCUUAACCCAACAACCUAACCAUAAACUAUGUAUUAUUUCUGAUAUUUUCUUUGGUUGGACUUCAACCGUUGCUAAAGAACUUGGUGUUUUUCAUGUUGUUUUUAGUGGUGCUAGUGGUUAUGGUUUAGCUUGUUAUUAUUCUCUUUGGAUGAAUCUUCCGCACAGAUUCACAGACUCUGAUGAAUUUCCUUUAAGUGAUUUUCCAGAAGCACGUUUGAUUCAAAGAAAUCAAUUGCCAAACAAUAUCUCACAAGCUGAUGGAUUUGAUGAUUGGUCGAUUUUUCAAAGGAAGAAUAAUCUCUGUGAUUGGGUCAACUCAGAUGGUAUUAUUUUCAACUCAGUUUCAGAUUUUGACUCUGUUGGGCUCAACUACUUCACCAGGAAAUUCAAUAUUCCGGUUUGGUCGAUUGGACCCGUUGUUCUGUCAACCGGUUCACGAGGUAAAGUAGGUGGAAUAAACCCUAAAGUUUGUAAAGAAUGGCUUGAUACAAAACCUUCAAAUUCGGUGUUAUUUGUUUGUUUUGGAUCGAUGAACACAAUUUCUGCUACACAGAUGAUGCAACUUGGAACGGCGUUGGAAAAAAGUGGAAAGAAUUUCAUCUGGGUAGUGAGGCCACCAAUAGGUUUUGAUAUAAACUCAGAGUUUAAAUAUGAAGAGUGGUUACCAUUAGGGUUUAUGGAGAAGAUUGUGGAAACAAAGAGAGGUAUAAUAGUAAAUGAUUGGGCACCACAAGUUGAGAUAUUGUCACAUGGAUCAGUUUCUGCGUUUUUGAGUCAUUGUGGUUGGAACUCGGUGUUGGAAUCAUUGAGUCAUGGUGUACCUAUUCUUGGGUGGCCGAUGGCGGCGGAGCAGUUUUUUAAUUGUAAGCUGUUGGAAGAAGAGAUGGGUGUUUGUGUUGAGGUUGCUAGAGGAAAGAGUUGUGAAGUGAAGUAUGAAGAUAUUGUUGAGAAAAUUGAGUUGGUUAUGGGUGAGAGUAGUGAGAGUGGGGUGAAGAUUAGAGAGAAUGCUUGUAAGAUUAAGGAUAUGAUAAGGAAUGCUGUGAAAGAUGGAGAAGAAGAUGGAGUUAAAGGGUCAUCUGUUAGGGGUAUUGAUGAGUUCUUAUCAGCUGCUGGGAAGAGCAAUAAAACUACACUGAAUGAUCGUGAGUGAAUAACUUUUGUUUUGAAGUCUCAAGUCUGAAUAUCCGGUGUGUUAGAGUAUCGAACCUAAGUCGAAGAAACAAAUUUUCAACGAAAUGAUUCUAGAAUAACCGGCGAAACUAGUUGUGUAUGAUCAGUUGAAUCUAUUUUCACCAAAUUUGUGAUAUGAUUGCAGUGGAAUAAUGGCAGGAUUGUUUUUUAUUUUCUAUUUUUAAUGAUGAAUGAUAUGCAAAUGUUUUAUUAUUA